AUGAUCUUUUACGUCCCCGCCUACCUCUUGAAAGCUCAUAGCGUUGCUCUUCGCGAAAUGAUCAAAGACCUCUCCCCAUCCUCUUCAUCCCCUAUCACCAACGACUAUACACCCGCUUCCGCCGACCCAUCCCAGACCAUUGCCUUUACCGAUGACACUAUCGAAGCCUCCUCCGUCAUCACCUUUUUUCUUCACACCAUCAGCGGCAACCGCUUGAUAACCUCUAUCGAAGAAUCCCACCGAGUAUUUCCCGAUGACAUAUCACCACACGAUGCUGUUUGCGAAGAAAUGGGAUUGUCCUGA